UGGUUACGCCCACUUUGUGGACGUUGUAAACCACAGACGUGAGGCUUUCUUCUCAGUAAAGAAAAUGGCUGCUGUGCUGAGGCGGGGAGCAAAGUUCAUCUCCUUCGGAUCUUCUCAGCUCUUACCUGGAGGCUGUAAACAUGGAAGAACCUCCACUUUGUCCUUCUUCAGCUCCAGCAAUAGAAAUUCAUCAUCUUCAUCCAAAAUUAAAGUGGACCUGGACGGCAGCACUGGGAUUGCUGUGGUGAAGUUCCAGAGCCCACCGGUGAACAGCAUGAGUCUGGACUUUCUGACCGAAUUGUCCAUCAGUUUAGAGAAACUGGAGCUGGACAAGAGCUGCAGAGGAGUGAUUCUCACCUCGGGUCAGCCGAAGAUUUUCUCCGCAGGCCUGGACAUCUUGGACAUGUACGGUAAGAAUCCAGAGCACUACGCCGAGUUCUGGAAAUCCGUGCAAGACAUAUGGCUCAAACUCUACAGCUACAGUAAGAUCACCAUCGCCGGCAUCAACGGUUCCUGUCCUGCAGGCGGCUGUUUGAUGGCCAUGACAUGCGACUACAGGAUCAUGGCUGAUGAUCCUCGCUACAGAAUCGGACUAAACGAGACGCAGCUCGGCAUCGUCGCUCCCUUCUGGUUUAUGGACACGAUAGUGAACACAGUGGGUCACAGAACAGCAGAGCUUUCUCUCCAGUUCGGUCUGAUGUACAGUCCGUCUGAUGCCCUGAAGAUCGGCCUGGUGGACCAGGUGGUUCCUGAAGAGAAAGUUCUGAGCACGGCCACUGAGACCAUGACCCAGUUUAUGGCCAUUCCAGAUCACGCCCGUGAGAUCAGCAAAUCCAUGUUGAGGAAGCCGACGGUGGACCGUCUGCUGGCCUUCAGAGACGCUGACACUAAAAACUUUGUGAGCUUCAUCAGUAAGGACUCUAUCCAGAAGUCUCUGGGCAUGUACCUGACCAUGCUGAAGCAGAGGAAGGUGUGAACACGGCUCUGACUCUCUUCUCUGUGCCUCCUGUUCUCUUUGAGUUCCCUCCUCAGUGUUAGUGUUGGACUUCAUCGGACCGUUUUUCCUGCGCUUCUUUUCUUUUUUUCUCUAGUUUACUAAAGGGUUGCUGCUCAAAUUAAACGUUAACAGCAACAUGACGUGUGUGUGUGUGUGUGUAACCAUUUCCAGCAUUAAUUUCAUCCUUUGUGAACUUCAUGUCAACAAAAAGAAACUAUUGAACUUUUCUCUAAAAACAUCAUCUUUGUUAGGAUUUUUAAAAAGAUAUAAAAAGUAGUGUUUAAUCAUUUAUUUUACCAUUUGAAAUGGUGACUAUGUAAAAUAAAUAGCAAAAUAAAGUUUUAUUUUAAUGUAUAAUCAG